AUGGCUGUUGUGCUCCCUCAGGAUGUUGUGCCAGCAGCGAUACUAGGUGGCGCGUUCUUCGCUGCACCAGCAAAUUGGGGACCAGGGAAAUGCGGAUACAACGGUGGUUUCGUAACAACGGCAGCAAGAAGAGAAUUACCUUGCCUCAAAAAUGGCGUGAAUGUCUACGGUCGCUGUGCCGCCCCAACUCACCAACCCUGCGGACGAGGCCCCGCAGUUGUAGGCGCGCAAGGAGCAUAUAAUGGUGGACCACCAGUUGGCUACGGUGCCAUAGGAGGGCCUCCCAAUGGCGGAUACGUCUUGUUUGGAGGUACCAACCCGGCGGCUCCACCCGACAGGACUGGAAAUGCUCCUGGUAUAAGGAGACUCAGGGCUGCUCGUGCUGGGGCUCCGCUUUGGGAAACUCUGGAAGCUGCAACUAUACUACUUUUCCAACAAACGAUGAGCGCACGUGUUGAAGCAGUAGGAGCGGCAGCAGGUAGCGCUCUAGCAGUUGACGAAGCCAGCAUCAUCGGUGCUUUUAAUGCCGCUAAUGCUGUAUCCAACGGAAUGGGCGCUCCUUUGAUGGUCCUUCCACCUUUGCAUGGCCAGUUUGGGCCUCGUCAAGGAGGAGCAGCUGUAGUAGCACCAGCACCAGUACCAGUACCAGCAAGCAGAAUUCAGGACGCAGUGCAUGGGAUAGAAGAGAAGAGUUAUUUGCGAAGGAUGGAAGGCUACUUAGCAUGUGCAUAUGCAGUGGUUAGCCAAGAAAGGGUUUAG